AUGGAGAUGAUGGACUUCUCAGCCGACGACCUCGCCAAAAAUGAAGCUGCAUUCAACGGCCAAAACAUUCCCGACGUGGUGUCUGCUACGCGGCAUCCGACACCACCCGGCUUUGCCAUUGAGUUGCACGGCACCCCAGAGCUCCCUUCCAUCACCCGGGCGCUCAACGCGCGCGCCAUCAUGAGCGGCGAAAUCCCGCAGAUGGAGAAGGAGGAAGAAUUCCCGUAUUGCUUUUGGCACCCUGACCUGCCCAGCGAGCAAACACUCCGGCAACUUAUCGCCCGGUAUGGAGAGACGCGGCCAGCCAUCCGGUAUCAAGUUGGACGUGUGUGUGCUAUGGCCGGCUACACCGCUCUGUACGACGAGCUCGAUCUUUUGCCCGAGGUUGCCAUUGCAGAGGAAGCCCGUGAUAGUUCUGCACCCGGAAGCAAAGUCAUUUACGAGUCCAUCAUGCGCCAACCAACCCGUUACGCCAUCAUGGACGACUACGCCCUCAAGAUCCGGACGGAAGAUCCCAGGCCGGGAGUUUUCCUCAUGGGAAACACAUGUACCCGUCAAACUCUUGCCAAGUACCCCAUGCCUCCGGGCAACUUCUUCAACCCUCACACAAUCCCGGCCCCAAUCUUCGACAUAACCGAGGACCGCAACCUUUCCCCUGACAAGAACGCUCUCCGCCCUUCCCAGAUUCCUGUUUCCGAAGAUACCCUCCGGCUCUUGUACGCCCCGCUCCCGCUAGAUCUCCCAUCUCACGCCGCUUCCAUAGCCGACAAGAACCUCCUCAUCCUGAUGGCCGCUUGGUCCAGUAAUAUUGAGCGGUACUCGCGUCUCCGGCGGCCUGGUGUCGUAAUCCCUGGCGAAUUGCAGUGCGUCGUGCGUGGCAUCUACCACUCGGUCUUCUUUGCCAAGUGGUGGGCAUCCCCAGAGCAACUGGCAGUCCACAAACAGCUGGGCAUCAACCUGAUGCCAUUUAUCCAUGCCCGCUUCGUCAUGCACAACGAUCUCUCUUGGUUAAAGGAGGAUACGCCCGAGGAGGACAUGCCGACUCUCAUGUGGUUUCCGGACCAUGCGCAUCAGUGUACGUAUUUGGCCAUGGCGCGGAUGAGGCCGACGGAAAGAACCAAGUUUCGGUGCGCGAGGGCCUUGAUCGCCAUAGGCGAUUACGAAGGGUAUGAGAAGCUGGGCGCGGGCCUGGACAUGAGCCAGUACUGGGAAGCUAAAACCCGGCAACGCAGAGAAGAGGCGUCGGGAAUUUUUGAGGGCGUGGGAAAGAAACUUGUGGAGGAUAUUGAAAAGAGGGCCAAGGAAAAAUGGGGGACAAGAAACAUCAACGAGCGCCCUCGCGACCCGGACUAUUCGUAUUUCGCAGAGUGGCUUCAUGAGUUGAUGAAUAUGGCUGAAAAUGAUGGUAAGGAGGAAAAUGAUUUGGCGUGGCUUACGCACAUGCUCGAUGUUGAGGAUAGGCCGCCUCAAGCGCUGAACUUGUAUCGGGAGGUCAAGACAGAGAUGACGGGAUUCGAUGAGUUCAGCGACGGGACUUAUAUCCCAGUCAUGACGGAUGAGGAGUAUGAGGAUUGGGCUGCACAGCACGAACCCCGCGCCGACCCCAGACAGCCCAAUGACUUCGACCGACACGGUGGCGUACAAGGCAUCUUCUUGCGCGUGGCGGCAAUGGACGAGGCGAAGAGAAUGGUACCAGAGGGUUUUGAGUGGCGAAGCCUGUACCAAAUGUAUACCGAUUGGGAUCAUGUACCGGAGGAGGAAAGGAAGUACUUGGGCGUAUAUCCGAGAAAGGAGGAGUGGGGGUUGAGAUAUGUCCGCCGCAAGCUUAUCAGAGGCAGAGGCGGUAAGAUGGUAUGGGCUACAGGAUGUGGAUCGGUUUUCACAGUUGAAGGGGAUGCUGAGGAUUAUGACAGUUCUGGGAGACGCUUAACGACAUAG